CCGAGCACGUGGAGGUGAAACCCCGGCCUUCACCUGCCAGGCGUGCCAGGAGGGAGAGGGUGCCAGCCCAGGACCAUGUGGAGGUGACACCGAGGUCACCUACCAAGGACGUGGGGAUGGACCGGCCUGUGGACCAGGACCAGCAGCGGGGGCAGCCUGCUUCUCCAGGUAAGAAGAUCAGCAAAGGUAAGAGCUGUUCUCCUUCCUGCAUUUGCUGUCAGGUUCAGCCGCACACGGACCCCAUCAUUACUUUUGGCUUAGAUGACGACUGUGAGGUGGUUCCUGCUCCUGCUAGUUCGAAUUUUGUGGUUGUGUCAGACUCCAGUUCAUCAGACUCCGAGGAGGGUGUCACAUUUGGCUCCUCGGAUGUUGAGCUGGAAACGUCUGAAGUUCAGGUUCCUGUUCCUGCUGCUGGUACGUUAAAGUUCAACAGCAUCAGAGGUUCGUUUCAUCAGGGAAAUGAGCUGUUUGGUCAGAAUGCUGGGCGGCAGUGCAUGGCCAUCUCUUUGGUCGCUGCUGCCAAACACACUGUUAAAAGUGUGUUUCUGUGGGACAGCAGUGACUUAGAUUCUGUGCUGCUUGCUGGAGAUCAGGUUUACUCUGACCUGCUGAGACAGAACAAGAUCACUGACUCAGCAGGUUUUCUGAGAGUGACUGAUCUGCCAGAUCAAGCAGUGGUAGAUGGAGUUGAGUUAUCGUGUGAGUUUGGGGAAGUGGUUAGCGGCGAUGUUAACGUUAAUUCGGGUGUGUUAAUUGACGACGGUGUGUUAGUUCCCCUGAAGGAGGGUUUAGUUCGAAUGACGGCACAGUACAACACAUGUCUGCUGACAUUGUGUGAGAAUACAUGUGCCGUCAUUGCUGAGAAUGGGCGCUGGGCUUUAAUAGACUCCCAUUCUCGUGAUGCUGAUGGGAUGAGGACUCCUGACGGGACGAGCAUUGUUCGAUUUUUUGAUUCCGUUGGUGAUAUUCAUGACUACCUGCAGAGGUUAGUCAAAGGAAUUCAGUCAACUGUGUUCGAAAUAGUUGGCGUGAUUUUUUCUGCUACUGAAGCGUUUGACCCCUUCUUAGGAAGCCCUGCAGCAAGUAGCUCCCUCAAACUCUGUAAAGAGAGCCUCUUCUCUGACACUGCGAUUGACAACACACAGGAAUCCAAAAAGACAGCAGCUAAACGAAAAAUAGGUGUAAAAAGUAAUCUUCAAGGCCCAUCAUUUGAAGAAGGCGUUAAAAAAGCAAAAUUAGAUGAUGUUGCUGUCGAGGAACUGGAUGUAAUUAUUACUAGUGAGCCUGAGCAGGAAAUAUUUUACUUUAAUCCUUUAAGUCGUGAUGUUUGCCAGGCUCUGUGCUCAAUUUUAGACAUUGAGUUCCAAAAUUUUAAUGCCCCAGUGUCCUCACCCAUUGGUUUAUUAGGGCCACCCUGCACCAAUGAAAGUAUAGUGGGAGAUGGGAACUGUUACUUUCGGGCCAUCUCACAGGCAGUGACCAGAUCUCAAAAUUCCCACAGAAAAAUUCGGUUAGGCGUUGUUAAACAUAUGGAAAACAAUCCGGAUCAAUAUAGCUGGAUAAUUGGACGUGAAUACUCUUCUGUGGAUGACUACAUUAACAAAUCUAGAAUGCGUUUCGUUAGUGUUUGGGCGACGGAGCUUGAAAUUCAAGCCACAGCCGAUUUAUUGGGAGUUAAUGUUUUUGUUUUGUUCAACGGCAGGUGGCUUAGACACAAGUGCAAUGGUAGAGAGUUAUCAUCAAAUGGAAUAUAUAUCCAAAAUUGUGGUGGCAUCCACAAGAAGACCACUGUGUUGGCUGUUGCUCGUCUGCCAACAUAG